AUGGGAGAUUUGCCAAGUAGUCGAAUAACAAAAUCUCGUCCUUUUGAAAGAGUUGGGGUAGAUUUCGCAGGACCGUUAGUCACAAAAUGUCAGCAUCUCAGAAAAGCUACCCAAUUCAAGUCUUACCUUUGUUUAUUCAUAUGCACAGCGACUAGAGCAGUUCAUCUCGAACUCGUGUCCAGUAUGUCUACGGAAGCAUUCUUAGCCGCACUUCGUCGAUUUAUACCACGACGAGGUCAUCCCACUAAUAUUCAGUCAGAUAAUGGAUCGAACUUCAUAUGUUCAGAUAAUUAUCUUAAGCAGUUAUUCAAGUUUGUCCAAGACCAGUCUGUACAAAAUUUCCUGACUGUGCGAAACAUCAGUUGGAAAUUCAUCCCACCAUAUGCUCCCAAUUUCGGUGGUGUUUGGGAGUCAUCCAUCAAACUCGCCAAAAGACAUCUCUUUAAGACUUGUCAAGGACAUUUGCUUAAUUUUGAAGAACUGUCCCUUAUGUCAGAUAGAGGCCUGUGGAGAAGUCUCUUACAGUUAAAACAUCAAUUUUGGAGUAGAUGGACUAUAGAUAUCCUUCACCAUUUGCAAGCCCGACGGAAAUGGCAUCAACAUCGUCCUCCUUUGAGUGUCGGAGAUCUCGUCCUUAUUCAAGCUGACAACAUGCCCCCAUUAUCCUGGCCACUGGCGCGUAUCCUGGAGAUCAUCCCCGGAACUGAUGGUAUCCCUAGAGUUGCCCUGCUUCGUACUUCAUCAGGACCUGCCAAAAGAGCCAUUAACAGACUCAUUGCACUACCGGUGCCGACAUGCCGCUCCCCGAAGGAUGGUGAUUCACUUGAACGCCAACAGAUGGCGCAAUGA